GAACGCGACGUAAAUAGACAAGGAAAGCGUGAGGAGACGAGAGGAGGAGAGGAGGGAAAGGAGUUCACCCAGACCAGGGAAUAGUCACACAUUUCAUUUCCCCGGGAGGUUUUAAUUUUUUUCUUCUGGAACCAAAGUGUUGGAUUUGAGAUCAUGCCUGCUGAAGUGAAACAGGAGCAGAGCCCCAGCAACGCCACAUCUCUGGCUAUGAUGCAGGAGCCCCAGGAGGUGGUGGAGGAGACGGUCACCAUAGAGGAGGACCCUGGCACCCCCACCUCCCAUGUCUCGGUGGUCACCUCUGAUGACGGCACCACACGGCGCACAGAAACCAAGGAUAUCUCAUCUAACGUGAAGGUGACUAAGAUGGUGAAGACUGUGACCACACGGACGGUGCGUCAGGUGCCCCUGGGGCCCGAUGGCUUGCCCCUGCCUGAAGGAUCGUCCCCACUGGGCAGCUACACCGACUCCAUCGACCGGCGCUACAUGAAGAACGGAGGGUUCAUCACCCCGCAAGCCACCUCCACCCUGACCCGCUCCUACAACAACUCCUACAACGAUUCAUAUGGAGAGGCCCCCGAGAGCCAGUACGUUCGCCACUACGGCCUGCACGAUGGCUACGCCGAUUUGACUGACAACUACGGAAGCCUCUCACGCGGCGUCAACUUCCGGCCGCCGCGAUACCCCUACCUGCCCAACAGCUACCGCCCGGAGAACAGCUACACGCUGCCUAUUCGCAAAGAUGACUACGGCCAUGUGGCCCAGCCCCAGGUGCCCAUGGGUAGCAGCACCGUGGAUCUGAACCGCUCGCAGCCAGAGCGCUUCCAGGCCGAGCCAUAUGGCCUGGAGGAUGAUCGCCGCAGCUUGGGCCCCGAAGAGGAGGAGCCCUACGAGCUGGAGCCCGACUAUUCCACCGCCAACCGCCGCACCCUGCAGGGGGCCAACCGGGGACGCACCCACCGGGAACCUCUUCGUGAUAUGCCUCGAGUCAGAGGGUACCCAGAUGAAGCCAUCGAGGCAGAGCUGAUCGAUGAGCGCCACCCCUACAUCCACGGCAUGUAUUCAGCGCCGCUGGCCCAGCCGGAGAGGGGGAGCAUGGCCAGUCUGGACCGCAUGGGCGGCCGACGUUCGCCAUCCAUCGACAGCAUCCGCAAGGACCCGCGCUGGCGUGACCCAGACCUCCCUGAGGUCAUCGCCAUGCUGGGCCACCCCAUUGACCCAGUGAAGUCAAACGCCGCCGCCUACCUGCAGCACCUGUGCUACGAAAACGACAAGAUUAAGAAGGAUGUGCGUCAGCUGAAGGGGAUUCCUGUUCUGGUGGGCCUUCUGGACCACCCCAAAUCAGAAGUCCACCGCAAGGCUUGCGGUGCCCUGCGCAACAUCUCCUACGGCAAGGACAAUGACAACAAGGUGGCCAUCAAGAUCUGUGACGGCAUCCCGGGCCUCGUCCGCCUGUUGAGGAAGACCAAUGACAUGGAAGUUCGGGAGCUCAUCACCGGAACCUUGUGGAAUCUGUCGUCCUAUGAACCCCUGAAGAUGGUGAUCAUCAACCACGGCUUGCAGACUCUGACCAACGAGGUUAUCAUUCCCCACUCGGGCUGGGAGCACGAGCCAAACGAGGAUUCAAAGCCGCGCGACGCCGAGUGGACCACCGUCUUCAAGAACACCUCCGGCUGCCUCAGAAAUGUGAGCUCAGACGGGGCAGAGGCUCGGCGCAGACUGAGGGAAUGCGAGGGAUUGGUGGACGCCUUGCUGCACGCUCUCCAAUCAGCUGUAGGGAAGAAGGACAUGGAUAACAAGUCUGUGGAGAACUGUGUUUGUAUCAUGAGGAACUUGUCCUACCACGUCCACAAAGAGGUGCCAGGGGCCGAAAGGUUCCAGGACCCUUCAGCUCCACAGGCUCCUGGCUCAGCAGGACCACAGAGAAAGAAAAAGGACGACGCCGGCUGCUUCGGAGGCAAGAAGGCCAAAGGCAGGAAGAACGGUGAGAAUGACAAAAACUACGACACUCUGGAUCUGCCCAAGCGCUCAGAGCCGUCAAAAGGCUUUGAGCUGCUGUAUCAGCCCGAAGUGGUGAGGCUCUACCUAUCUCUGCUGACGGAGAGCCAGAACUACAACACCCUGGAGGCCGCUGCCGGGGCUCUGCAGAACCUCAGCGCUGGACAGUGGACCUGGUCCAACUACAUUCGAGCCACGGUGCGUAAGGAGAAAGGUCUUCCCAUCCUGGUGGAGCUGCUGCGCUCCGACUCCGACAAGGUGGUCCGAGCUGUGUCCAUCGCCCUGCGCAACCUGUCCAUCGACCGCCGCAACAAGGACCUGAUCGGAAGUUAUGCCAUGCGGGACUUGGUGAGCAACCUGCCCAGCGGCCAGCAGCGGCCAGCCAAAAACCUGGAGGAGGACACUGUGGUCGCAAUCCUCAACACCAUCCAUGAGAUCGUCACUGACAGCUCUGAAAACGCCCGCUCCCUCGCCCAGGCUCAGGCCAUUGAGAAGCUGGUCGCCAUCAACAGGACAAGCCAAUCAGCUCGCGAAACCAAGGCGGCGUCCCACGUGCUGCAGACGGUCUGGAGUUAUAAGGAGCUGAGGAACGCUUUGACCAAGGACGGCUGGAACAAAAGCCACUUCCAGCCCACGUUGGCAACCACCCCUAAAGCAACCAAGAACGGCAAGCCAGGCUACGAUGACACCACCUUACCCCUGAUGGAGAAGAACCAAGGCACCAGGAAAUGUGGCAGUGGUGAUAUGAUACCUAUGGAUGAGCUGGGUCCAGAUGGUUACUCCACCAUUGACCAGAGGGACAAGGACUGCAAAUACAAGACGGUUGACGGCUCAGUGGACCAGACAGAACGGGAGCCAUUAAAGAAUGACACAAAUAGGAAACACUAUAUCAGAAGUAACAGGCCUGCAGUCAGUCUGGUGGACGCUUGUGACGUUAAGCCCCAGCCUGUUGACUCCUGGGUCUAAAUGCAUGCAUGGCUUAAAAUAACGACACCCCAGCUAGAGAAGGAUCUCUCAUAUCAUCACUGCCAUUUCACAUGGAACUCAUCUUUGGAGUUGGACUUUGUACAGAAAAGAGGAUAAAAAAAUAAAAAAAAAGAUCAAGACAGAAACUACCCAGCAGGAGCCAACAUUCUCAUGCUUUUCAGAAAAAGAAAAAAAAAGAAUAAAAAAGUGAUUACUCCUACUACUUUCUCAUAUCUACAUUCCCACUGGACAUCAUGUGAAUUUUACAGUGUUGACUCUUGAUGAGCUCUACCGCUGACACGAAACGGACAAAAGGACGGUGCUGGUGAGGGAAUGGAAGGAUGAAGGGCGAACAAAGUGAGGUGAAGGAAAGCAAUGGAAAGGGAAUGUGUGUUGGAAGGAAACCUGUGGGAAGCUGGAAUGAGUGGUUACCGCAUUUCAGUUUUCACAUUUGGAAGAAGUUCAUGCUUCAAUUUUGUAGGUUUUGGAGAAUUUAACUUUGAGUUGGUUUUCAGGCUUUGGUAAUUUGACAUGAACAGGUACGGAAUGGUGUAUUUGAAGGUCACAGAAUGUUGUUUGCAGGUUGGUGUGAGAAAGUAAAAUGAGAGAAAACGAGCCUGAGAAGAACUGUAGCAUAGUGGAUAAACAUGUACACCCAGCAGUCUGCUCUCAAAGACAUUUGGUUCACUGUGUUUAUUUUUUUUUAAAGUGCACUGAGAUGCUUUGAAAUCAAAAGUUGUUAACAAGUGAUUGAUGUUCAUUCGUAAAGUGAGAUCUGCAAGUUGUGGUCCAGAGAAAGGAAAGUGACAGUGUGUACAUCACAUGGAGAAACAGUUUCUGUUGACACUGCAUCGCAAAAGUAAGCUAAAAUGGAAACCAACCGUUUCUGUUUCAUCGUGGUCAACAUGUUGACCCUCACUCACAGAUCUGUGGUUACUUGUGUAACCACUCACAUUGUGCAGUGAUGCAGUUUAAUGAGUUUCCUGGCUGGUUGCUCUUUGUCAAUGAUGUGUAUUAAAGAGGAUAUAAGGCAUUUUGUUUAUAAAUGAUUCGUGUUUUUGAAAAGAGAGGCGGAAGUUUGUUCUCUUGAUGAAAGGGUAGAUCUAAAAGCAGUUUUUUAUUUUUGUUGGGUUUUAUAUAAAUGUAUAUUAGGGUCAAAAGGAAAAAAAAUGGAAAAAUGAAGGAAAAAAAAAAAACAAGCAACAAAAAUUACCGACUUCUUAGUUGUAUAUUAAUAUCACAUUGUUUGGAAAGCACAUCUCAUUUGAUAAAGGCUCACCAUGUUUGUAAACAAGAAAUAACCAUGUAACUUAAAUGUGUGUCAAAUAUUGUCGAGUUACGCCGACGAUCACCUAUUUAUAUUUUGUAUUUGUCCAAAAAAAGUAAAAGAAAAAAAGUUUAUCUGCAGUGUUCUUUCUAAAGGCAAUGAAUUCAAGGUGUCUGACAGCCACUGAAUCUUCAAACCAGACACUCUGGAGGGGUCAGAGGUCAGACUAAUGAGAUGGACAAGAGACGGUGUGUUAAUAAAUGUUCUUUAGUUUUUCUUCCUGAUGCAUUCAGAUCAAGUUUCCGCCAAUCCCGAAACCCUUCUUCAACGGUGCAUCUUAAAGAACUAUUCAGUCGUGAGCAUGAAGAAAAACUGUACAGAUGUUUAUAUUCUAUUCUUUCCAAGUGCCAGUUUUUUGUGGUGUCAUUUGGAUAUUAACUAAUUCAUUCAUGUGCAAGAAGAGAGUAUGGGAGGACGAGUAGAUCUGGGUGUUUGAGGCAAAUUAAAGAGUUGGAUCACACUGUACAAAAACAAAAAAAACCAUCAAGUUUGGUCAUAUAGUAUAUAUUUUUACAACGUUCUAGGGUGGACAGUAAAGAUGAAGAAAAGCAGAGUGAUACAAAAUCAUAUUGACAUUAUUGACAGUCUGUCAGAGGGACAGAAAGAGAAUCCAAUCCAAGUUGGCAUCACUCAUGCGUCAUCAAGGCGAAUGGCAUGUGCCUGCAUUGAAGUCUGAUUUUUCUUUGUGACGUAUGUGACUUUAUAAAGCUUGCAUAUUUUACACAGUGUUUACAAAGAUGUAUGUUGUGGUAAAAAUCAAUAAACUACAAAAAAACUUACUGUAUAGAUUUUAAUUUCAGAGGUUAAAAAAAUUAUAAUGAUACCCAGCAUCCCUUUUGUGUGUCCUCAGAAGUGUGUGCUUUUCAUUGGACAAUACUGAACCCUUAGAACAAAGACCCAAAUGACUGUCUAUUCCUGACUGCAUUUCGCAGUGCCACAACCAAAGGAUCUGGAGUUGUAUUUACAUGCAUUCAGAACUGGGGGGUUUGGUUUUGUGGAUGAACAACGCAUUGUAAAUUCACAAAAUAAAGAGCCAAGCAACUGUGCUGUAAAAGAAAUGCAGGACUCGGACACACAUCGAAUCAAACAAACCUACCUGUGUAGAUAUAACAGAUUCAAGACCGUCAAAAUAAAGUAACUGUACUACUCAGUAGCAGAUGUGUUUGUACCUAUCAUGUGCCUUAACCUUUUCCAUGGUAGAUAAAGAUAAGUGUGUUUUAUAUAACUUUAUUCCUCCCUUUCAACUGUCAUCUCUCCAUUUUGUCUGUUCACCUUCCCCUCCCCCUUCUCCACCUGUGUCACCCUUCCUCCCUUUUGCCUUCACUCAAGUCACUCAUUCAUUCUUCAUGCACCCCCUUCCCCCACCGCCCCCCCCAAACCCCUAGUAGGAUAGACUGUUGGUGGGUUUCUGCCUUGUAUUACAUUGUAUUAUAAACUUUUAAAAAGAUAGUCAUUCAAAUAAUGAUUUUGAUUUUCCUAGAGGAGUAAAGUUGUUAAUGCUUUCGUAGCGAGCAGAAGCGAUGCCACAGUGACAGAAUGUAUUAUGUUAAUUUUACUAAUACCCAGAGGCAAAUAUUACGCUUGUUAAACAUAACGGAAAAAUACUGGUUUGUAGAGUAUACAUUUGGUGUGUUUUCAAUAAAUCAU